AUGGAUAGCUCAAGCCUGUUCAAGUGUCAGUCAGAAUACACGAGAAGCACACUUACAGCACAUAGUAGAUGUUUCGCUGCUCUCACUGGCAGUGACCUAGGAUACCCGACUUCCCAUCUAAUUGUGCCACUGGCAUCUCGCAGACUCUACAACAGGGUAUAUAUGGUUGCUACACGCGCCAUCCAAAUCUGUAAACUCACAGGACACAUUCAGAUUCAUGAAUACAGCAUCUUACGCACUUCAACCCGUCAUUACUUUCUGAUCACCAUGUCUCAGAACAGCUCAGCCUCCAGCACGCCUCCCAGCACUGCUACGCCUGGAGAACACACGGCAGUCAUUGAAACUUCGAACGAUAUCAACGGUCCCGAGCAGCUUGCCAACAAGGUCUGUCGCUGCCCCUGCGUUUGCCAGGAGGUUUGCCGCUCCGACGACUAUUACUGCGAUCCAUGCAUUGAAGCAAGACACAACUACCUCCCUCCCGGUCUUGAUAAGUCAGGCUAA